AGCCAAAAUGUUUGGAAAUUGAUUAGAUAUUCAUUACCCAAAAAUGUCACUAAGAUAUUCCUAUAGAAUACGAUCUUUUACACAGAACGCACAGUAGAAUUUUAAGGUACCUACAGUUUGCAAAUUUGUUUUGACUUCCGCAUAGUGUCUGACAGCAGGGUCCACAUGAUAAUUAUUAUUAUUCCUCCCCAGUAAACGAAAAAAAAACGCUUUUGAUUUAAAUUCCUCAAAUCCCUUUCUAAAUUAAUUACGGACGUACACAAUUAAGUGAGUCAAGUCAUUUUGACAAUUUUUCUUAGACCGGCUUAGACGGAUGAUGCAUAUAUGUUCUCUAGUUAUUAAUCUGAUUUCUUGAAUGGUAAUAGUAAUAAGACAAGUUUCUUUUCAUUCGCGUUCGAUUUUGUCAAGAACCUGUUCUAGAAAACCGACUGGUUAGACGCAUAAAUAGAAAAAGGAAGAAGAUUCUUCUGAGAUUAGCAGAUUCUUGUUGGAGAAACUUUUUUCUGGGUGUGUUCGCCGUUGAAACUGAAAUUUCACUAACAUUACUCUUUCAGAAAAGCGUCAUCUGUCACAGUGAAGGCAAACACAAUAUUUUACUAGAGCUGCUAACCCAGAGGAAAGUUGGUUAUACUCCUAGUGAACCGGUGGAAAACAAAUUCCUUGACAAAUUUAGUUCGCAUUACGAAGUAUUGUUACUGUUUAUUAAACGAAUAUGGGAGUGGUGAAUCGACCAGGAGAAAUCAAACAAGUUGAUCAGGUUUCUAUUGCCGAGUAAAAGUUAAUUUGCUUUCUCCAGCUGCUUCCUUUCACUUCGUAGAUUAUGCGACAACAAAUAAGUUCAAAACUGCCUGUUUUUUUACGCGGUUUUUUCAGUUUUUUAAAUUCACUCUCAGUUCAAAGUAACCUCAUUCGACUCCACAACGUGUUGGUCUCGCGCGUUUUUCCAGUAUUUUCUCUAGCAACUUCUUUUCACUCUCUCCUUGAUUGGUAAUAAUAGUGUCAACAAUUCAAAUUUCGAUUCAAAUUCGAUUUUUUUCAUUCAAGCCAUUUAUGGAAAGCAUUGUUAGGUUAUAAAAGUGAGACCGCUGCUACACCAAAACUUUACACUCCCGACAACUCUUCCUCUACUAGGACGCAUUAAAGAUUCCCUCGUGAACUGCAACUGUGAAAUCGUUCUCCGGCAGCCAUGGCGAUUUUAAAAAUUGCUCUGAUUGCUGCUGCAUUAGUGACAGCGGUGGGUUGUGCAAAAAAGAAUACUAAAGGCGAUUUGGAACCGAUAGCAGCGACCCAUGGAAAAAGACACAUUAGUCCCGUCCAUUACGUUCAACCUUAUGCUGGUAGUCUACAAUAUCAUAGGCCAUCUGUUCUUGACAGCAGUGAUUACUACGGUGAAAGUGACAAGGGAAAUGGAGGAUACGUUGUGAUCUCUCACGAAAAAGAAAAAGGAAAGGGGAAAGGAGGCAAAGGAAAAGGAGGAGGCGGUUAUGGCAGCGGAUACGACGACGGAUACAGCUCAUACGAACACGAAGGCGGCUCUUACGGGGGUAAAGCCAAAGGCAAAGGAUCUUACGGCAAAGGAAAAGGCUACGGAAAAGCAAAAGGAGGAUCGUAUGGCAAAGGAAAAGGGGGCAGCUACGGAAGCAAAGGAAAAGGAAAGGGAGGCUCUUAUGGCAAAGUAAAAAGUUACGGAAGCAAAGGAAAAGGAGGAUCUUACGGAAAAGGCAAAGGAGGCAUUCCUUAUGGAAGCGGUGGAUACAGCUACUCAUACGGGGGCGGCAACAACAACCAUGGCGGUGGCUCGUCUGAAAGCCACGGCAAUGGCAACGGAGGCAAUUCAUACGGAGCCGUUAUAGAGUCCUACGGAACAGUAGGUACCUCGUACGGAGCAGUAGGAACCUCGUACGGAUAUGUGGGUAACUCGUACGGACAUGUAGACACUUCAUAUGGAAUCAGCGGAGUUGGAUACGAUUCGUACGGAAGCAGCUUUAAUGGAGGUGGAGGUGGCUCAUCUGAAAACAACGGAAAUGGAGACAGCAGUGGAACAUGGGAGAAUUUACCCAUCGGCAGUAUUUUAGAGGGCAACAACGAUUCCGGAAGCAAUGCAGGCGGAGACGAAAGUGUCGGAACAGGCGAAAAUCAAUCCGAAGGUGCCAUCAGAAGCAACGUAAACGAAGGCAGCGAAUCUGGAAGUAUUGCAGAUGGAGGGAGUGAAUCCGGAAGCAGCCUUGCAGGAGACGGCGGAUCUGGAAGCAGUGCUACCGGUGCAUCCGAGGCCAGCGGGAAAAAGCGGAGCACUAGUGAAAUUGACGAAACAUUAUCCGAUAGCGAAGUCGAGGGAAGUACUACACCAGUUACACCUGCAACAAGUAGUACUGCAGCUCCAACUAGCGGAAGCGGAAGAAAUGGGAAAACCAUCAACGUCUCCAUCAAUACAAAAGGUGGCAGCUCGAACAACGAAAAUGGAAACAAUACUGUCAGAGUAGAUUUCCAAACUGACGGCAAUGACAGUGGCGAAAAAGCAUUUUCCGUCAGCGUCCACUUUUCAACCGCCAAUAAUGAAAAAGGUCAAAACAGUGAAAAAGCAUCACCUCAAAGCUCAGCCACAGGUGCUGAUGUUCCGAACAGUGGCAAAGCAUCAGAAGCCGGGACUGAUGGUAGCAGCGCAACAGUUUCUUCUGGCGGUAAAAGGAGCAUUUUGAAUGUCAGCAACGAAAACGGUCCGGCAAAUGUAGUAGCAGCCAAUAAGGAUUCCGGAAAUGGAAACAAUGGAUCCACUAAUAGACCACCGGUUAGCAACAACAGUGGGAAAACUAACAGCUCGUCGUCAGGAACGAAGAGCGAUGGCGAGCAAAGGACCAAUGCAAACAAGGGGAAAGAUGAAAAUCGAUCUACUAGGAAUACAACCUCACCAUCCGUCAGGAGUACACCUGGGACAAGUCAAGAAAAGAAUAGCAACCCUGAUUGCGUUGGCGGAUGCUUCAGCAUCACACCUCUAAUCGAAUCCAACAGCAGCGGAAAGGCCAGCGCAUCGCACAUCGUGAGCAGUUCGGUUUCCCCUGGAAGACCUGGAAAUGACAGAAAAGUGAAUAGCAACAGAGCAAGUGUUGGUAAUAAAGGUUCUGUCGAUAGCGAACGUGGAAGAUCCGGUGCGGCUAGUAGUGCAUCUAGAAAUACGACUUCUGGAGUCGUGACGAAAGGCAGCACAUUGGGAAACAGUGGCGGAGGAUCAGUUGGUAAUAGUAGCACUCGCCGUCCUGCCAGACCAAGACCUACGCCAUUAACUGAAAAAACAACUUCCGAGAGAGUUGAAGUAACAGCAGUCAAUCUGACUGAAGGGAAUCACACCCGUCAUACUCCAAGGUACAGACCAUUGCCAUGGAUGGAACCUGCCGUUAUUUCUCUAUUCGGGUUUAGUGGGAAUGUCGGCGAGGUUUCUAAAAAUGUGAAAAAUAUUGAUGACGGAAAACGUAGUAACGCUAAUGAAACACGUAUCCCAAGACUCAGACCCACAUCUAAACCGGAAGAUACUUUAUUUUCUGGAAGCGACGGAUCUGGUGGAAGAAGCCAAAGAGAAUUAAAUAAGCAACAAACGAGUGCUGGAAGCAGUGGAUCCAGCAACGCUCAUAAUACGGCUGUCCGAUAUUUGCCCAGAUACAAACCUCAAACUACGACGGAAGGUAUUACUCAUUUGUUUUCCAACGACUCUGCCGUUGUUGGGAAAGAUGUUAAAGGAUCCUCCGGGAAAGACGGCAGCGAUCCCUUCGCUACACUACCAAUGCUAGUUCCAUAUUUACCAAUCGAUACGUACUACAUUCCACUUCGCCGAUUAACGAGGGGACACAAAAAACCAGUUGUGACGUGAUGCCAUUUAUUCUCAUCCAAUUUGUUCAUCGUUACAGAGAUCUUUCAUUUUAUCGAAUCAUAACUGUUUGUUGAGUUCAAUUGUACGGUGCUGUGUGCUUUACAAUCAAUACACCGAUUAAGUUUUUUGAAA